AUGCAUUGGACCGUGAUUCUCCCGGCGGCCGGCGUGGCCUUUCCAAUGGUCCAUGCCGCUGCACUGAGGGCGCGUCUAGACAAUGGCGUAGCGGAAACACCGCCGAUGGGCUGGAACACGUACAACCACUAUUCAUGCUCCCCAAAUGAAUCGAUCGUACACUCCAAUGCCCAGGCCCUCGUCGAUCUUGGCCUAGCGGAUCUCGGAUAUCGGUACGUGACAACCGACUGCGGCUGGACGGUGCCGGACCGCACGGCUAACGGGUCGUUAACCUGGAACGAGACUCUGUUCCCGAGCGGCUUCCCGGCACUGGGUGCGUACCUCCAUAACUUGGGCCUUUUGUUUGGUGUGUACGAAGACGCGGGUAUCCGAUCGUGCCAGACGAAUAUCGAGCAGGCCGGCAGUUUGUACCAUGAGUCACAGGACGCCGCCCUCUUUGCAUCCUGGAACAUCGAUGCCCUCAAAUGUAAGCUCCCGUUGCCAUUCGUAGAGUAUCCUAUCACAUAUCUUUACUUACUUCACCCUAACCGGCCCCUCAUCACAGAUGAUAACUGCUUCUCGGACGCGGCCACCGACUACCCCAACGUGAACUAUGCGCCCAGCACCUCCCCCCAGCUCCGCUAUGCCAACAUGACCAGGGCCCUGGCCCAACACACGCCCGUCCUCUUCCAGAUCUGCGAAUGGGGCGUCGACUUCCCGGCGCUGUGGGCCCCGGCUCUCGGACACACCUGGCGUAUCGGCAACGACAUCAUCCCCGCCUGGCGCACCAUCGUGCGCACGCUGAACCAGGCUGUGCCACAAACGGACUUUGCUGGGCCGGGCCAGUGGCCCGAUCUCGACAUGCUGGAGGUGGGGAAUGGCGUGUUCACGACGGCGGAGGAGCAAACACACUUCUCGAUGUGGGCCAUUUUGAAAAGUCCGCUAGUUAUUGGCGGUGCACUGAAAGACGAGUGGACAGCGAUUAGCGAGGCGUCACUGGCUAUCCUCGCGAACGAGGAUGUCGUUAGCUUUAAUCAGGACUCGCUGGGUGCCAGCGCCGCCUUGCGGCGCCGGUGGUCGGAGGCCGGGUAUGAAGUCUGGAGUGGGCCGUUGUCGGGGGAUCGCACGGUAGUAGCCCUCAUCAAUUGGGAUGGCGAGGCACGCGAGCUGUCUUUGGAUCUCCCGGAUGUGGGUGUGCAGUAUGCAGGCACUAUCAAGGAUAUCUGGGCGGGCGCGGAAGUACAGGGAGUGAAGACCACAUACACCGCGACGGUGGAGGCGCAUGGGGUCAUGUUGCUGGAGCUGCAGGACACGACGCCGGCUGGAGUAUACUCAAGCGCGCAUUUUGGGACGAAAAACGGGAACUCGGUCACUUUUGACGCUGUCUAUGCGAAUACGACUAGUACCAACUACACCAUCUCAAUUGUCUUCUCCCAGUCAUCAUCGUCACAGACCGUCUUAAGCCUCUCGUCUGGGAGUCAGAAGAGCACCAUCCAUGUACCGGCUUCAAGCACAACCGUCUCCUCCACGGUUUCAUUGGUCGCCGGCGCGGCCAACACGAUCACCCUCACUUCAACUCGUACCAUUGAGUCGAUUCAAAUUUGGUCUCCGGCUGGGACGUACUACCCAGCCACUAUAUUCACCCUGAGUGGCUCGGCGAUCCUCGAAGAAUGUGAUGCCGGGUAUUGUUUGCCCGUCGGAUCAAAGAUCGGAUAUCUUGACUCCACCAGUACCGCAACGACGACCAUUUCCGCCAAUGUUCCCUCCUCAGCAGGCAGCGCUGGCACCGUGGCAAAGUAUGUUGAAAUCGACUAUAUCAACAAUGAUGUUGCCUUCUCUUCUACCUGGGAAUGGGGUUCCAAUUCCCGCAACAUCACCCUAGCCUUGAAUGGAGGUGAUCCUGUACGCCUCGAGGUCCCGCUCUCAGGUCGCCACAGUGAGCUUUUCGGCCCUGGACUUGGCUGGUGGGACUCCGCGACGCUGGGCAUUCUGAUUGACGGGUGGAAAGAUGGAGAUAAUGAGAUCGCUGUUGGGAAUGCGGCCUCGAGUGAUGUCUUCCAGACUUGGGGAGCUGAUUUCGUCGGGCUGAGGGUGUUCGACUAG